AACAGUUAUAAACUACCUACUGAAUUAUUGAAGUUUUCCAUUAUCCUCUCUCAUGCAAUGGCUUCCAUAAGCUAUAUCCUCCUCCUCAUAUUUUCCUUCUUCAAUCUAGUUCAUUCAGCUAGCAAUGCUUCUUCAAUCAAUGUAACCAAACACUUUUCCUUCCAUGAUUUCAGCUUCACUAAUAACUCAAGAUUAGUCCAUGAUGUGAAGCUUCUAGGAAGUGCAAAGUUCUCAGAUGAAAAGGGUUCACUUCAAAUCCCAAAUGAAUCAGAAGAAACAGAUAUAAGACAUCAAGCAGGUAGAGGUUUAUAUUCCUUCCCAAUUCGUUUGUUAGAUCCAAUCACCAAAACACCAGCUUCUUUUCAAACCACCUUUUCUUUUCAGCUUAAUAAUUUAACUACUGCUUCUGAUAUAAGUGAUUAUGGUGGUGGUAGUGGACUUACUUUCAUCAUUGUACCUGAUGAAUUCACUGUUGGAAGGCCAGGACCUUGGCUUGGUAUGCUUAAUGAUGCUUGCGAGAGCGAUUAUAAAGCCGUUGCAAUUGAGUUUGAUACACGAGAAAAUCCAGAAUUCGGUGAUCCAAAUGAUAACCAUGUUGGUAUAAAUUUAGGUAGCAUAGUAUCUACUAAAAUUAUCAAUGUUUCAGAUAUUGGAGUUUCUCUUAAGGAUGGUUUUGUUCACCAUGCUUGGAUUGAUUAUGAUGGUCCUCAAAGACGAAUUGACAUUCGUUUAGGACUUGCUAAUCAAGAUGUUUAUCCUACUAAGCCUAUUUUCUCGGAGUUUAUGGAUCUUUCACCUUAUCUGAAUGAGUAUAUGUUUGUAGGAUUCUCUGCUGCAACCGGUAACCAUACACAAAUUCAUAACAUACUUUCUUGGAACUUUACUUCCACUAGCCAAGCUUUUCUUCGCUACCCUUCAUCUGAAACAUGUCAAGGUAAGAUCAUGCUUGAGAAAACUACUACAGAAACAACAGCUGCUAAAGAGAACUCUAAAAGAAAUGAAACUCCGCGUAGCUUUUUAAUUUUUAUGGCUUCUGUAGUGUUGGCUUUAGUUGUUUUGAUUGGUUUUUACUUUAUCAGUAAGCAUAGAAAAAGGGCAGCUAAAUCAAACACUUCAAUAGAUGAAGAGAUUCAUAGGCCAAGGCCUCCUAACAAACCGCGCAGAUUCCGUUUUUCCGAACUUUCCUCUUCAACUAGAUCAUUCAAUGAGAUAGAGGUACUUGGAAGUGAUAAUAGAGGAGUUUUCUACAGAGGAAAGCUUGCUAAUGGAAAUCAAGUAGCUUUGAAAAGAUUCUCAGCCCAGUUUCUCAGUACACACGGAUCUGAUAAGAAGCGUUUGCUGAAGGAAAUCAAAGUUAUUAGCCACGUUCGCCACCCGAAUUUACUUCCUAUAAGAGGCUGGUGUCAAGACAACAACGAAAUCGUUGCGGUCUAUGAUUUUGUUCCUAAUGGUAGCCUCGAUAAAUGGCUGUUCGGAGCCGGGGUUCUUCCGUGGACGAGGCGGUUCAAAGUCAUCAAAGACGUUGCCGACGGCUUGAGUUUCUUGCACACUAAGCAGCUAGCUCACAAGAACUUGAAAUGCAGCAGUGUUUUUCUGGAUGUUAGCUUCAGAGCUGUUUUGGGAGAUUUUGGAUUUGUGCUUAUGGGAGCAGAAUCAAAACAGUUUGAAUCAGUAGUGUGUAAUGGUGCUGAUGUGUUUGAAUUUGGUGUAAUUGUGUUGGAAGUGAUAGGUGGAAGGCCAAGGGUAGAGGAUACAGAAGAAGGAAAAUCAGAAGAGAGGAACUUGUUGGAUUUUGCAUGGAACUUGCAUGAGAUUAACGACAAAGGGAAGCUGGUUGAUAGAAGAAUGGGAUCAUUGAUCAAUUUGGAGCAAGCGAUUCGUGUUAUGGAAAUAGGGUUGCUUUGUACUUUGAAUGAGAACAAAGGAAGGCCUACAAUGGAGCAAGUUGUUGAGUUUCUUCAUAACAUGGAGAAGCCUAUUCCUGAGUUGCCAAAAACUAGACCUGUUGCUUUGUUUCCUUACAACAGUGCCAACACUGGACUUUGCAAUAACUACUCUUGCACUUUGAAGCUGUGAUGAUGUUACUGGAAGAUUAUUCUGCGUUAAUAUUUAUGAAUAAAUAUUGAUUUUUUAAAUGCAGCAAAUGUUUUAGAUUUUAGAGUGAUGUGUGAUUGUGAAGAUUCAAGAUAGUAGAUGAAUAUUGCUUUGCAUUAUUAUUUUUGGGGUAGUGUAAAGAUAGGUUUGUGAAUAUGGGAUAGUGCAUGAGAAAGGGUGAUUAUAUGUUUUAGUAUUAUUUUCAGUAUGCUUUAGUAUUUCAAAGGAAGCUUCACAGCCUCUAUAGAGGAAUGUGUGAUUCUUUAGAUUCUUCUUGUUAUGUUGCAAGUGAAAUUGGAUAUUAUUGGUAAACAAUGGGAAAGAAGUUUGUUCUAUUCUUCUAUUAUUAUAUUUGACAUGAAAAAUUGAC